AUGCACAAAGACAUCUGGAAGGUGCUCUUCAAGGCUAACGAGGCACCGCUGCCCAUGACCAAGGAUCGUGGGAAUAGCUUAACUCUCCUUGCUAAUCCGGUGGGAAAUAGCGAGAAGCCCCGACCCCCUCCUCUCGAUCUCUCCCUCCACUCUCUCCCUGCGCCGCCACUUGCUCGAUCCCACUCGUGCAGCCCCGAUCCCCCAUCUCUCUCGCUCGCUAUCCCUAACCCCCGCUGCAUCCUCUCAAUCCCCUCAACCCUGCGCCUCCCCAUCGCCCUACCUGAGCUUCGCAGCCAUGGCGCUGCCACCACCAUCUCUAGCCGCUCCCCUGUAGCUCCUUCUUCGCCUCGUCCUCGCGUCCGGCCUCAUCCCGACCCUUCGUCGUGCCAUCCUCGCCUUGAAGCCCCGUACCUGGUCCCGUCCAUCCCGGCCGCCUCGUCCUUCGGUAGCUCCUUCGUCGCCUGCCUCCAUUCGCCGACCCCAAGUGGCUACAUCCACGCCCGAGGCCCAUGCCGCUCACCCGACGACAUCACCGGCGGCCACCAGGAGGCUGACGCUGCUCUACAAGAUGACGCUAUCGCACUCCUUCCCCGUUCGCCUCGUGUCCUUCUAGUUUCGGACAACGCCGAGCUCCGCUCCAGCAAGCUGUCGAGCGCCACCUUCUCGGCCUCCUUCUCGCAGUGUCGUGCUCCCUCCUGCCGCUGCUCCGCCUCUCCUACUAUUGCUGCACCGUUGACGCCUGCUGCUGCCUUCAUGUCCACCGAGCUGCUCAGGUCGACUCCCAGCCCCGCACGACGAGCUCCAAGUGCCACACUUACCCGAGGCCAUGGGUUUUUCACCAAGUCAUCUAUAGAUUUGAAUCGCUUGCACCAGGGUCACCUUCGUCAAGACCGAUGCCCGAACGAGCGCCCUUUUGCAUGGUUUGUGACAAGGACCACUACCGUCGAUCUCGUGGAUGUCAAGUUCGACUACAAAGAGGCCGACAGUGCUCUGCGAAAAGACGCCGUCACGAUCCUGCCCCUUUCGCCUCAUGUCCUUCUGGUUUCGGACAACGCCGAGCUCCGCUCUAGCAAGCUACCGAGCGCCACCUUCUCGGCCUCCUUCUCGCAGUGUCGUGCUCCCUCCGGCCGUUGUUCCGCCACUCCUACUAUAGCUGCACCGUUGACGCCUGCCGCUGCCUUCAUGUCCACCGAGCUGCUCAGGGUCACCUUCGUCAAGACCGAUGCCCGAAUGAGCACCCUUUGCAUGGUUUGCGACAAGGACCACUACCGUCGACCUCGUGGAUGUCAAGUUCGACUAAAACAUGUGUACGCCUACCAUCACGAAGACCCGUGUACGACUACCGUCGACCGCGAAGGGCUUGGAGUCAUCAAGUACCUCUUUGAUACGAACGUGUACCUCUACUUCCACUACGACCCGUGA